GUUGCAAGAACUAUAUUUUACGUUAGUAAACGAAGACGAAGAGAAAGAGUUUAAGGAUUGCGUCAAGGUCUUGGAUGAGUAUUUCGUCCCUAAAGUGAAUCUACCGUUUGAGAGACACCAGUUUCGUCAAAUGAGUCAGAUGAACGGCGAGAAAGUGGAUCAUUUUGUUUCUCGUCUUAGGCAAAAAGCUACUACGUGCGAAUUUCAGAACGUGGAAGAAGCAAUUCGAGACCAACUAAUUGAGAAAUGUGGCGACUCAAAGCUUAGACGGAAGUUUCUUGAACGCGUUAAUGCAACACUCAAGGAUUUACAAGAUAUUGCGCGGGCAUAUGAGGCGGUAGAAGAGCAGUUGAAAUCAAUGGAAGGUUCGAAUACAGUAAACGUUGUGAGUCAUAAAUCGCGUUGGAGCGGACGAAAAGAGAAAAAGGUCAACACAGAUCAGAAAGAGCGCAGAUACUCAGCCAAGGGGACUGGGCACGACAACAAGGAUAACGUACGACGAUGUUACAACUGUAAUAAAACUGGGCACUUUGCUCGAGACGCAAAUUGUCCAGCAAAGUCCAAGAGCUGCAAUAAAUGCGGAAUCAUAGGUCACUUCUCAGCUUGCUGCAAAAAAGCAGGGGAGAAGCACAACAAGGAGAAAGAAAAAAAGGAGGAGAAAAGAGCAUAUAAAGUCUCUGAGGAAGAAGGAAAAACACCAACAAGAGAUGACUAUGCCUUUGUUAUUGGUGGGCAUGGACAAAAAGAUAUGGGUCAGGUGGAUCUAAUUAUUGGAGGAGUGAAACUAGAAAGUAUUUUAAUUGACUCAGGUGCAACAUGUAAUGUAAUUGAUUGUGAACUCUGGAACUAUCUUAAAAGAAAACAUGUUAGGUGCGAGUCAAGGGUAUCAGACAAGAAACUGUUUGCGUAUGGACAGAAAGAGCCAAUCGACGUUGUAGGGACAUUUACAGCAGAGAUUGUGUGCGAGGCAAACAGUGAAAGAUGUGUAGACGAUUUCACUGUGAUUAAAGAGAACGGAAGGCCUAUAUUGGGGAAGAAAACAGCCGAACAAUUGAAAGUACUCAGGGUUGGACCUGAAGAAAUAAUAAGAACUGUUAACACGGUCACACAAGAGGGAAGUGAUUCAGAUAUUCGUGAGGAGUUUGCUGAUAUUUUUACUGGAGUCGGACUACUUAAGGAUUACAAGCUGAAACUGCAUAUCGAUGAGGAUGUUAUACCAGUUGCUCAGCCGGUGCGUAGACUGCCAUUCGGUCUAAGGGACAAAGUAGACGAUAAGUUAGACGAGUUACUCGACAUGGGUAUUAUCGAAGAAUUGCCAGAAGCAACACCUACAAGGUGGGUUUCACCAUUAGUGGUUGUUCCAAAAGCAGAUGGAAAGGAUAUUCGAGUUUGUAUCGAUAUGAGAAGGGCAAACGAGGCGAUUAAGGGAAAGACAUCCUAUUCCGACCAUAGAAGAAGUUUUGUAUGA